AGGAUGCGCUGUGAUUGGCCGGGCGGGGACUGGUAGUCCGGAGGCUGGCGUUGUGCUGCGCGUUGAUCCCCGUGUUCUUGUUUACACCUUGCUCGCGGGGACGAGGCAAGACACCCAGGGACCCCCCGAGGCAAGACACCCAGGGACCCCCCGAGGCAAGACACCCAGGGACCCCCGAGAGCAGAGCCGGGCGUCCAGUCACCUGUGGACGCGGCAAAGCGGCCGCAUCUCCCCGCGCGUCCCUCUUUGUGCGGUCGCCAAAAUAAGUUUGUCUUCUGCCGGGAGUCUUGUCUCCGUCUCGACCUCCCCGUCCAGAGCGGCUAUGCGUCAAACUUUUCGGGGACUUUGGUGGCACCGCUGCGUUUUUGUCUCCCGGGCGAGCAGAGUCCUCCCGGCUGGACAUUAGAUCUGCCGGGAAUUAGUCGCAGGAUUCACGGGGUGUGAUUUCUAUUCUUCCAACUUUGAUUACGGGCGCAAAUGUUUGAGCGCCGCUGAACUAUUUACCAAACGAACCGCAUCCAGCACCAGUUACUGGGCGCUUUGGUAUUUUGCUUUUUUUUUUUUCCUGAGAAGGACAAGAAGGCAUUUUCGCACAAGAGCGACUUGUGUCACAAACACUGCAAGUAGCGCUGCGGGGGAAACCCCGGGACGUUUCGCAAACGGCGUAUCCGGAAAAGAUGCUCCCUGUUCGGAUGCAGCGCGGGGAAGGGAUCGGUCCUCUGGUUCUUCUCCUCUUGGUCGGGGGAUUAGUGUCCGGCACUGAGAGCAGCGACUACAGCGAGGCAGAGGUUCUCCCCGACUCCUUCCCGUCAGCACCAGCGGAGCCUCUCCCAGAAUUCCUGCUGGAACCGGAGGACGCUUUCAUCGUAAAGAACCGGCCCGUCCAGCUGCGGUGCCGCGCGUCGCCCGCCACCCAGAUCUACUUCAAAUGUAACGGAGAAUGGGUCAAUCAAAACGAUCACGUCACCAGAGAGAGCCUGGACCAGGUCACGGGGCUGGUGGUGCGAGAGGUGGACAUCUCGGUGUCGAGGACUCAGGUGGAGGAGCUGUUUGGGUUGGAGGACUACUGGUGCCAGUGUGUGGCCUGGAGCUCGGCCGGGACCACCAAGAGCAACCGGGCCUACGUUCGCAUUGCAUACCUGAGGAAGAACUUUGAGCAGGAGCCACUGGGGAGGGAGGUGCGACUCGAACAGGAGGUGUUGCUUCAGUGUCGCCCCCCGGAAGGCACGCCUGCUGCUGAGGUGGAUUGGUUGAAGAACGAGGAUGUCAUCGAUCCAUCGCAGGAUUCCAACUUCCUGAUCACCAUCGAUCACGAUCUGAUCGUCAAGCAGGCCAGACUCUCAGACACGGCCAACUACACCUGCGUGGCUCGUAACGUGGUGGCCCGGAGACGCAGCAGCACGGCCACUCUUAUUGUUUACGUGAGCGGAGGAUGGUCGUCUUGGACUGAGUGGUCAGAGUGUAAUGCUCGCUGUGGGCGGGGCUGGCAGCGACGAACACGCAGCUGCACCAAUCCUGCCCCUCUGAAUGGAGGAGCCUUCUGUGAAGGCCCACCCUUCCAGAGAGUGACCUGCACCACACUUUGCCCAGUGGACGGAGGCUGGACCGACUGGGCAAAGUGGUCCGCCUGUGGGACCGAGUGCACCCACUGGCGCAGUCGCGAGUGCCAGGCCCCCCCGCCCAGAAACGGCGGGAAGCACUGCAGCGGCAGCAUGAUGGAGAGCAAAAACUGUACCGAGGGGUUGUGUGCACGCAAUAAAAAGAUUUCUAUUGAACAUGCAAGCCAUCCGCUCGCCCCAGGUACGAGUGUCGCGGUCUACGCCGGUCUGGUGGGGGCCCUGCUGCUGUGUGUGAUUUUGGUGUUGUGCGUGGGAGUGCUGGCAUACCGCCGCAGAUGCCGCCAUCUCCAUGGAGACAUCACUGAUUCUUCUUCUGCUCUCACUGCGGCCUUCCACCCAGGCAACUACAAGCCCCCCAGACAGGAUAACACCCACCCUCUGCAUCCCUCAGCUCCACCCGAUCUGACAGCCACGGCGGGGACUUUCCGUGGGCCGCUCUUCUCCCUGAAGCAGGGGGUCAACGACAGCCCCCACAAAAUCCCCAUGACUACCUCGCCCUUGCUGGACCCACUGCCGAGUCUCAAAAUCAAGGUGUAUAACGGCUCCACGCUCUCCUCCCUGGAGCUCCCCGCGGACAUGGGCUUGUGUGACGGGGAGAUCCUCAGCCUGAAGUCAGUGAGCACCAUGGGCAGAGAGCGGGAUUACCACAGCCACACGCUCCCCAGGGAGCCCGGGCUGAGCACCAGCGCCACCAUGGGUAACCUGGGAGGACGCCUUACCAUCCCCAACACUGGUGUGAGCCUGCUGGUCCCGCCGGGCACAAUACCGCAGGGGAAGUUCUAUGAGAUGUACCUUAUUAUCAACAAGUGGGACAAUACAACGUUACCCUCUGAGGGAAGUCAGACCGUACUAAGUCCUGUGGUGAGCUGUGGCCCCUCCGGUAUGUUGCUGAAUCGUCCCGUGGUUCUUACUUUGCCCCACUGCGCCCAGCUAGACACACCUACCCCUGACUGGACGCUCACGCUCAAGACGCAGACUCACCAGGGGGCGUGGGAGGAGGUGCUGACGGUAGGAGAGGAGACUCUGUCGUCUUCCUUGUUACUCAACUUGCGGGAGGAGGGUUGCCAGGUCUUAAUUGAGCAACCGGGAAAGUAAGAUUUAGUGUGCCAGUCCUUCAUUCCGCAAGCCCACCGGCAAACGCCUGCCAGUUGGGCUUGUUUGCACCUUCGGGCGCCUUGCCUCUCGCUGGAAUAACAGCCUUCGCAAUUUAUUUGCAUCCAUGACACCCCACAUGCACUCAAGGAGGUGCUGGAUUUGGAAAGAAGUCUAGGAGGAGUUCUGCUGGAGGAUCCAAAGCCUCUAAUUUUCAAAGACAGCUAUCACAACCUGCGCCUGUCCAUCCACGACAUUCCUCACACUCACUGGAGAAGCAAACUUCUUGCAAAGUAUCAGGAGAUCCCGUUCUAUCACAUCUGGAGCGGCAGCCAGAGACCCCUGCACUGCACCUUUAGCCUAGAGAGAGGAAGCCUGGCCGUGUCCCAGAUCGCCUGUAAGAUCUGUGUCCGACAGGUGGAAGGGGAGGGGCAGAUAUUCCAGCUUCACACGGACAUUCAGGAGACUCUACCCCCCCACUCGCCCCUCCCAUCAGGAGGCACCUGCCUGCCCUCCUCUCAAGUUGGACCCUUUGCCUUUCGCUUGCCUGAUUCCAUCCGCCAGAAGAUCUGUGCCAGUUUGGAUGCACCGAGCGCUCGAGGAUGUGACUGGAGGCUCCUGGCGCGCAGUCUGGGCUUUGACAGGUACUUGAACUACUUUGCAACAAAGCCCAGUCCCACAGGUGUUCUACUGGACUUAUGGGAAGCGUGUCACCAAGCGGACGCAGACUUGGUCUCUUUGGCGACCGCGCUGGAAGAAAUGGGCAAAAGUGAGGUGCUAGUUGUUAUGACAACAGACGGGGAUUGUUGAUUGGUCGAGGUACAAGAGAGCAAGCCAGACCUUUUUUUCCUUUUUCUCUACACCGGGAUGAAAAUAAGAAUACCUGCCAAUGAAUAUGCACAAACCAUAAGCCCGAAUAACAUGUUGGUUCCUUCACAUGCAAUGUAUUACCUCUGCCUCGUCUCCCUUUUAAUUGACCCCUAAGUAGCCCCUGCAGCUACAUACGGACCGUAGCCCACUCCGAUAUUAACUGCUAAUCUGAUACUGUCUGAAUCCACCAAAACAAUAUCACAUCUGCAAGAUACAAAAGCUAUUUGAGGGUGCUAAAGCGUAAAAUAGGUGCAAAGUCACGUCUUACGUGCUGUUGACUGUCUGCUCAAAGAUUGAAAACUAUGUUGGUUUUGUAUAUAGAUAACAAAAGCUUUGGGGCAAACAAACAAACAUUCAUGUAUUCAAUACUAAAGUACGCAGAGUAAAACAUCGGACAAAUGCCAACACGGGGUUAGCCGUGUUUCAGUUGCAGCAUGAAAGUGCAUCGUUUCCCAGCAUCUCACUUGGUGGCACGGCUUUUGUUUUCUCCAUUGUCACUCUGUGUGUGCAGUGAAUGACAGGCAGCAGCAACCUGUCGAAAAAACCUCCUCAGGCUAUAGAAACAGCCCAGCACACACACACACACACACACAACUACACACAGAAGAAAUGGUCAUUAACAGGCUCCGAAUCAGGCUAGGAUUUCUUGUCCAUCCCUCAAGGUUUGAGGGCUGGAGCAUGUCGCUGUGUGCUUUUUGCGGUAGGAGGGUGAAUUCUGAAGUGUAUUUGAGAAUUUGAAGAUAACUAAACCAAUGGACUCUUUAAUAUUGUGUCCACAAAUGCCUCAAAGCCUUGGCAUAUAAUUCCCACUCACAGGGGGGUUUCUCUUUUCCUCUGUCGCUCUCACUCAUCUGCACUCAUCCGAGAAUAAACUGCAGAGGAGCAUUCUGGUCAUCCCUCAAAAGUUUCAAAAGAACCUGCUCCAUCAUCUGUGCUCAUUUAGGCUGCUGAGCUGAUGUGUUUUAUUUGUUUGACUCCAGUAGAGGAGGCCAAACGGGAGAGUUAUGUGUAUAGUGGACGUCUCAGCUGUGGAUUACAAAACCAUGUGUAUUUGUUAUUUUGAACAUGGUGCAUCUAUUUGAAUUGUAAACCGCAAUCUGUAAAACCUGAUUAGAGGCGCUCAAAUGUUCCAGGUGAAUAUAGUGUAUGCUGUAUUUCUUACAUUUUGCUUUGCUGUAACUGAAUGAAUAUCACAGAGUAGAUUUGACUUUUCUUGAAUCAAAUUGGCACCAACAUUAUGUUUGAAUCCAUCUUAUGUUUCCAUCUGUCUAUCCAUCACCUUGUGACUCAUUAUAUCUCCCCGCUCUCAAUCUUAUAGCAUAUUGUUAACCUUUUUCUAAGCCGCCUGCUUUGUGGUCAGGGUCCUCAAGCUUUUUGCAUUAUCAAUAUUAUUCCGUCAGUUAUUGUUAGACGGACAUUGAAAUACUUUCAUCCAUCAAAUUUGUUAAUACUUUAGUUCUGUGCUUUUUUUGUAUGUUUCUCCCUCAAAUCAACAAAAAGUGUUUGUAUCAUUGAAACCACAAAAAACCAAAACAGGCAGUAUACCCGCUUCUACAGCAGUGAGUCACUGUUGGGUGUGAAUGAGCUGUGUGUGUGUGUGUGUGUGUGUGUGUGUAUGUGUGUGUGUGUGUGUGUGUGUGUGUGUGUGUACAGGUGGUAGUGCACGUACCAUGUGUGCACACGCUUAAGAGCUGUCAUUUCUCUUUGUAAGUGCUAUGCAAGUACAAAAGAAAAGUGAAGCAUUUUGACUUCUUUUAUUUCCUGGAAGAGUAAUUCUAUUUUUUCAGAUUAGGGCAUUGACAGGGUUUUGAUUUUGUAUUCUAGAGUGGUUUUACAUUUUUGGUUACAGUGGUGUGUGCAGGAAUUCUUCAACUGGUUCGGAAGGAUUGGAUCACUACCCAAGAACGACAUAUUAAAGAAGCCCAUUCAGAAGAAGAAAACAAAGUGUGGUACAAUGGCUGCAAAACAUGUUGUGACGGAUGCUAUGAACUCGUGCCCUGCAGGUCUUUGUCCGUGAAGAAUUAUGUGAAGGCACCCGGUUCUGAACUUUGGAUCUUUGAACAAUUGAGGACAAUUGCUCUUUCUUCAAUUCUUGUUACAGAGACUGUUUAGCUGUAGACUACAGUGUUCAUUUGUCCAGAUUUCUCAUGUAUCUGUUGGAUCUUUGGCUGUAGCUCCGGAUAAUUUAUGGUGGAGCUGAACUUGAUUCUUCCUUGGUUCGAUAAGAGACAUAUUUAGCCUUUGUUUUAAAAAACUGACAUUUUUAUGGAAAAAAAACAAAAUGGAUUCAGUGACUUUAUUUUAUCUCUGUAAAGUAUCAAUUGUAAAUAAACGUCUAUCCUUCUUA